UAUGUUUUUUGUUUCUGAGUUUCUUAUAUUUGUUAUUGCUUGGUUUAUGCACUGUUUGUUUAUAUUUAGUAUUUUCUCUCUUUUUUUGUUUUGUUUCGUUUCUGGUUGUCCUGGUUCCCUAGUGUUUCCUAUUCCUUGAAGUAGAAAGUAGGGCUGCAACUAACGAUUAUUUUCACAAUCGAUUAGUGGACCGAUUAUUAUUAUAAAAAAAAAUUUUUUGAUUAAUUGAUUUAUCAGAUGGGGCAAACUUUCGGUACCAUGUUUUCGUUUAUUUAAAAUAAAAUCCACAAACUGAGUGUUACAAAUAUAAACUUCAGACCAGAAUAUAUAUUAUUCAUUUAGGUCUGUAGUUUAAUUUUGUGCUUUUUGUGCAUUCAUUUAAAAAAAAAAGCAUAAAUACUUAUAUACACACAUAUAUAAAAUAAUAUAAUAAUUAUUAUUAUUAUAUUAUAUAAUAUUUAUAAAAUAUUUAUGCAUUACUUUUCAUGGAUGCACAAAAAGCAAUAAAUUAAGCUAUAGUCCUAAAUUAAUAAUAAAAACGCCCUUUCACGUGGCUUCUGUUACUCGCUGCUUUUAGACAUUGUUUUACUUGUGAUCAUAACGUUUUAAUUAGACAUUACAGAUCUUAAUCGCGCUCCCACUGUGUAUCAUUGUGGCCUCGUUAUUAACAGAUCACUUCCGUUAUAAUAAACAGAAGUUACACCGAUACAACAUAUAAUGACAAUAAACUUAAACUAAACUUUUUAAACAACUUGCGACAGCAUCACUGUCGUGCUUCCAUGCUACACAAACUCUGCUUUAUAAAGUUUGAUCUUUUCCGUGGUGUUUAAUAUAAAAUCCUUAGAGGACUUUCUUCCUCAGUCACGUGAUGAUUUCUCCUCCAUCUGAUGUUGACUGAGGUCAUGUUGGAAAUAAAAGGUAACGCUGACAGAAACAGUAAACUGAAGAAAGUUAUUGUCGGUGACUCACGCUAAAGUGUGACAUUACGUGCGUAUGAUGCCAUGCACCCCUGACUAUAAGCGGCUUAUACUCCCGGUUAGUAAAAAAAACUGCUAGUGAUAUAUUUGACAUGAUUUUACCUUUCUAAAAUUCACACACUAGACGGUAGAGUACACAGUGCAUAGUGUAGGUGUACAGUACUUCAUUUGGGUCACAACUUUAGUAUCCGAAGCGUGUUUUCGGAACAGAAGUAACGUAAUGAGUAAACAUGCUCCGUGUCGCGAGCAGACCAACUAAUUGAUAAUGAGAUUCAUGGACAACAAAUUUCAUAAUUGAUCAUUAUCGAUUAGUUGUUGAAAGUUGCUUCAACUAGUUGAAAGUAUGCUUCACUUUUUACGGGUAUGCUAGGGACUUCUCCUAGCAUACGCAGACUUUCUCCUUGCAACCCUGCCAUGCAUGCCAGUGUUCUUCAGUGUUCUCAUGAACAUUAGCCAAUGUGAGAGCCUUUAUUUGCUUAGAAGUUACCAUGGGUUCCUUUGUGACCACCCAGACGAUUGCAUGUCUUGCUCUUGGAGUGAUAUUUGUUGAUCAACCACUCCUGGGGAGGGUAACAAUUGGUUUGCACUUUUUAACCUUAGCAGUUCUACAAAGAGCUAUUUCUCACACACACACUCGCACACCAAUGGUAGCAAAGCUGCCAUGAACUUGGGAUUCGGUGUCCUUGCCCAAGGACACUUCGGCAUGUGGAGUCAUGUGUGUCGGGGAUCGAACCACCAACCUUGCAAUUAGUGGACAACCUGCUCUACUACCUGAGCCACAGCCCCCCCCCAAUUUUUUUUCUGUUUGUAUGACUUUGUGUGCAAUCUGUAUAACUGUGGAUUGGUGGUCAGGCAAUCAGCUCAGGCAAACAGUCAAAACAAGGCAAGGCAAAAAGACGAGGUCAAAAACAAGAACAAAGUCAAAACCAGCAUCAACAGACAAGGUAUCAAGGCUUGUUAACAGCAGAAACAAAACGUAACCAGCAUGUACUUCACAAAGAAUGAAUUAAUAAAAGGUCCUUUUAAACUGUGGUACUGAUUGUGCUGUGAAUUGGAUGCAGGUGUGUGUGAUUAGAAUGAAGGUGAGUGUUCUGGGAAUUGCGGUCCAUGGCAGCCAUGUUUGUAGGCCACAGUGCAGGACAAUAAUAACAAGGUUUCAGGCACCCAAAUGACUGUAACAUAAACAAAUACCUCUUUAUGAGGCUGUGGAUAAAUAUAUUCUGUAGAUUCAAUUACAGUAAAAUUUUGUUUGAAAUAUAGAUUUCUUGUAUAGUCAGUAGACAAAGCACCCUUUUAAGAUGUUGCUUCUAAAAGUGGAUUUGCCAGAAAUACAUCAUCUGACAUUUUUUUGGAUUAUGGUGCUUUCUAUGUUAAUAUUGUGCUUUGUGAGAACUGCUUCAAUACUAUGAAGGGCAUGAGAUUUUGAGAAUGGCAAGAUACACUUAAUUUCUUCAACUAUUUUCUGUGUAGCAUUUUUUGAGAAAUGCAACACAGUCUGCAUAAACAAAAAAAAUUGAGGCAAUCUUAUGUUCAAGUGUCUGAAUAUUUACAUCUUCAAAAGGCUGUAUUCUAUCCUCUUCACCACAGUCAAUUACUGAAAAGCUCUGUGAGGUACACAGAACUUAAUUAUCACAGAACUCAGAAUUAGCAAAUAGAAUUAGAUAGAAUUGAAUAGCAUUAGCAAAUACAUGAAAUAUAGCCACAUGGCAUACAUGCUAAUAGUAUGAGGAUACUGAGCAAAUUCUGAUUUACAACAGAAAUUUAAAGAUUUCAGUAAAAUGAUCCGAACUUCCAAUCACUCGCAAUUAGAGAAUUGAUAUGUCCUUGGAUGGUUGACUUCAAUCGAUUUCAGGGUCACGGGCUGGAGGACGGAGGACCGAGGAAACAAGGAAGCAUCAAUUUGAGUAUUGAGAUGCACCAACUGAUUCACGACCUAGGUAUCUAGGGAGCUGAUCGAGUUAUACCCUUAAUCCGUUUUUAUUUUGGUAUGGUGUUAAUUCGCGCGUCUCCCUCUAGGUGGCGGUAAGGAACGAGUCGAUAUUGUUUCCCACCGUCAGUAGAAGAAGUAGAAGGCGGUAGUUGUGAUUGGUAAUUUCGUUGCCGAGUUGUAUUAUGUAAACAGAAGUUGUCAAAAAGGACUAUGAUAAACCUGAAACUUAAAGUUUACAGGUUAAAGUGAUGAAGAACAAAAGGGUAAAAUCGACCAAGUUUGGCGGUAAAAGAAAGAAAGGUAGGUUCUGUGGACUGAACAGAGCGGCACAGGGAUAAAAGCCGUUGAGCUUUGUUGACAGUUGAUCGUUAAUCCGUUCGCCAUCCAGAUACUUCAACCGAAUCCCAAAAUGAACCCCAACUCCGGAUCAAACUGCACUUUAUAUUAAUGAAAUUCGGGCUUCUGUAACAUUGUAGUGCAUUAUCUGCCUAAUAACUGCUUGGAAAUCGAGUCUGGCUAGUUGUCACCUGGCUACCUAACGACUCUGCUGAAAAACCCAGCCGGCAGAGCUGGUAGAUUAUCUUUCCCAGCUGGUCCAUGCGGGUAGAAAUAAAAAAAAAGUUUUGAAUUAACAUUAAUAAUGCUACAUCAUAGAUAAAUUGUUUCUAGGAAAAUUGCACAGCAAGGUAAAUAGCAAAUCUCGACUAUUUAUACGAACAGUAAAGUCAAGUCAUUUAAAAAAAAAAACUUACCAGCUGGCAUGAUGAUGUACCAGUCUUGUCAGUAAUGUUUUGACCAAACUGGACUUUUCAGCAGGAGAAAUGAAAUAAAUAGUUAUCUCGAUGUAUCUUAUCAAGCUUGUAAAACGUUUCUCUAUAUGAUGAAUAACAAAAUCAUUUAAGUAAUAGUCUUUCGCAUGCUGUGCUCUAAAUAGCUGCUUUAUUGAUUUUGAUUACUAUUCGUUGUAGAUGGAUAAAGAAACGUGCACUAGGUAUGUAAGUGGUAGAUGGUUUUGUUUCAUACGUAAUGUAGGUUAAAUAUGUAGGGAGUAGAGAGCUGUGGAAAUUUUUCAGUUUAAAUGACAUUAAAAAAAAAAAAUCGGUUAAUAGAACGGAAUGGUGUUUACAAAGCAAAAAUGUAGAAAACAAUGCUUCAAAACACUAUUAGAGUUUCAUAUUUAUUUCCCAGUCUGAUUGUGUCAAAUUAACAUUUUUAAUGGGACAUUCAGAAAAUGCAUGAGGAAAUACACAACCAAACAGGCCCAAACCUAUGCUCUACAUAUAACACAAACCUGUCAGUGCUAUUGCGUUUCUUUGCUCCAAAACUGAACACUUUAUUUUUUUCUUUGCCAGUUGUCAGUGAUGUGUCCCCUUCGACAAGCAUUCCUCCUCUUGUGGAGGGCCAUGUGCGAUGUUUCCUUAGAGUCACAUUAAGCAGAGUGCUGUGGACAAUAGCCAAGCCUCCACCACUGACCCUGAUCCGAUUACGAUGGUGGGGUGAGACGACCAGUGGCACUGUAUUCUGUCCCAGAGACGGAUCCCUAGAUAGAGAGAAAGAUGUGAAAUCCACAACCAGAUUUCCAGUUCGAUGUGGCCCAAAGCAGUUUACUUCAUAUUUAACAGAUAUGGGCUCACUGGUGUUGGAUGUUCUUACAAAGCCUGAUCACUUACCCAUAGCACGAGUUCGAAUAGCCGGGAUUGCUAAAUUGUCCCUUUCUCAUUCUAUUAUCGGGUCUUUUACACUUGUGUCACCAAUGUCUGAAAAGCUUGGCGAGUUACAGGCUACACUGGCUUUAGAGCCACUUACAGAAACCUACGACAGCAGCAGCUCUAUACCAACUGUAGACAUGAGCACAAACAUUGACACAGCAGUUUCUGCUCCAGGACUCGUAUCUGACAAAAAUAUGCUGCUGCCAUCUUUGUCCCACUUGGGUUCAAAAACCAGUGGAAAUAUCUCAGAUCCUGGAGGCAGUUCCAGGGGCACACCAAUAGGAAAGGACCACUUAUACUUUCAAGAGAGGGGAAAACCACAUUCUGAUAGAUCUAAUGCUGAAGUAGGAGCUUCAGUAAAUAGAAAUUUGCAGGUGGAAAUUCAUGAACCAGAUGCCCACAUUCCCUCAGCAUCAGUGGACCUACUUUCUGUUCUUCUUGAGCGUGGUAGCAAGCUUAGAAAUGCCAUGGUGGUUUCUGCGUUGCAGUCUGAUAUUGAUUCUGACAUGGGUCUGAAGGACACUUCCCUGCACCUACCAGUAGAUAACACUGGAGCCGGUUCUUUACCGCCCCCAAUUCCAUCAUCAGGGCAGCUGAUGCAGGACAUCCUCCACUCAGAUAUUCAGUACUUGAAUCAGGACCAUGGACUCCCCAGGCCAGACAUGCAUGAUACAGCUGUGGAGCAGCUUCUGGGGAGUGUUAAUGGAUCGGUGCUUGCCUUAUGGGAUGGAGAAGGUUCUCUUCCAGGCUCUCUCUCUGGCUGCAGCAGUGUACUUAUGGACAGUGAGCUCAGUGAUCCCCAGUAUGACCAGAGUCUACUGGAGAACCUGUUCUACAAGGCUUCGAUGGCUGAUGGCUGUUUGGGUACAGCAGAUGAUGAACAUGAGCAGCAAAAGAGCUUGGGAAAAAAUGCCAGGCCAGAUUUGGAUGUCAUGCCACAUGGAGAAAAGAAGAAUUCAUUCCAUGGGCUAAGUAUGGAUAGGAUUUCACUUCUUGGAAGCAUCAAUUUAGCUAGAGUUAUCGUUAUUCAGUUAUCAGUCCCCACAGACAAUACCUCUAAUAUACCAAGGAAGCAGUCAGGGAAAGGAAGACCACCUCUACCUCUCACUACUAAGAAAUGCUCAUAUUUUGUUGAAUACUUCUUUCCAUUACCAUCUGCCAAUAAUGAUACUGGGAAAGCAAGUCCUGUUGAGGUCACAAGAGUUGUCUCCAGUAAAGUUGUGGGUGGUGUGGUGAAAUUUCAGCAUCAGAGUGUCUUUUCAGUGCGCUUCAGUGGCCCUACUAUCAAACAAUGGUGGGACACAAACCUUAGCUUUACACUCUACUUGAGGAAGAGUCAUCAAAAGAAACCUGUUCCAAUAGGGACGGCUCUGUUCCCCUUACGCACUUUGCUUCAGAGUGAUCAGCUGAGUAUCACCGCUUCACUUUCUGUCCAAAGACUUGACAAAGACUUGAGCAAUCAGGACAUUGGGCCUCUCAAGGUCUCAUUUGAACUUGCUGCAAACAAGAAACACUUCCAAAGAAACACUUCCAAAAGCAGGUUAGGGAAAAUUCCAGCAAGUACAGGCACAUCCCCACUAAAAGCAGACAUCUCUAUUGGACAACCAGAUGAUGGAGACGCUGAAUUUCCACAAGUUAAUAACAGUGCUCAUAAGAGAGAUACCUCACCCAUGGCAGAUCAUUCAUCCCUGAACAUCCUGAUGCCUGAGGCCAGGUCUGUUUCACCACAGAGAGCCCAAAUCAGUCCCCAUAAACCCACUCAACUCCUAGAGGAGGAAGAGAGUGAUAUUUUGUUCCACACCCUGCUCAUGGUGCCAGAUGGAAAAGAUUUCAAUUGUGCACCUUUUAAGCCCAACGUCUACUUAAACUGUAAGCUCUUUGGAUCUGAAGAGACAACACGGUCUGUGGUCAGCUGGGGUCAGACACACCCAACAUUCAGCUUGGUUCAAGUAGCACCGGUGCCUCUCACUUCCAAACUAUUAGAGAGGAUGAGGAAUAAUGUGAUGGUCAUAGAGGUUUGGCUCAGAGCAAGCUCUGCACAUAAUGAUAAACUCCUUGGACUGGUCAAACUACCUCUACACCAAUUUUAUAUAUCAUUCAGAGACCCCAAAAUUUGCCAGCUGCUUCUGCAAGCACAGUAUCCAGUGGUGGCAGUGGACAGCUACAUGCCCAUAGUGGACAUUUUCAGUGGUAGAACACGUGGGAGUCUGAGGGUGUUUUUGUCCAUGGGCACAUCCCAGCAGAUCACCGCUCUGCAGCGCAUGAGAGUUGAGGAACCUAGCUCUGUGUCUCAGCUGUCCAGACCAGUCCACUUGCUUGAACACAGACCCAUGGAUGAUGUAGAGGUGAAUGCUCCUUCCUCUGCCCAGGCUAAUGUUGAGCAUGUGUUUUUGGUACGGAUUGAGAGAAUAAAGGGAUUAACUCCACUGCAGUCUACUGUCUGGGGAGAAGCAGAUUGUUAUAUUCAGUACUCGUUUCCCACUCAUGAGGAGGCCUGUCAGGACAUCGACCCACAUAUUGUGGAAAGCCAUGUACAUCUGAAGUCAUAUCGUACUGCUACUACACUGUGCGUGCCUGAUCCCGUUUUUGGCCACUGUGAGGCUCAUGUGCUUGUGGCACCUCCUGGUGUUCCAGUACAGAGACUGUUGCUCAGCUCUCUGGCCAGUCAGGGUUUCAGCAAUGGAGGAGGAAUCCAGUUUGAAGUAUGGUGCAGGUAUUAUUACCCGAAUGUACGCGAGCAGCUGGUAGCCAGAGGACUGCUGCCCAUGGCGAAGCUGUGUGCCAUGGUGACAAUGCAGAGGCAAAGCCAAAUGGAAGCACAGCUUUUCUGUCUCCCACUUGUGCCAAGGUCUGACAAGCCUUCCGAUGUCCAGACACACCCCUCAGGUCUACUUGAAGUGGGUGUUCAGUACAAGACCCGGCCGGUGAGGAGAAAUAGUUUAAAGGGUGGUAUUGUGCCAUCCCGUGUGGUGAAUCUGGUCGUACAGGUGCACAGAGCCACUGGCCUGCAGGCCGCAGCACGGGCCAUAGGAUUACAGUACUACUCAGAAGUGGGAGUUAACUCGUUCGUCACUUUGCAGCUCUCAUUUCUGCCUGAGAAAGAGAGCAGGAGGACACGCGUAGCGGCCAGGAGCUUUUGCCCAGAGUUUGAGCACCACACUGAGUUUUGCUGUCAGCUGCUGGUGCAGAGGGACAGCGGAGAGAGUGUGAGUCUAGCUGAGGUGCUACAGGAAGCAAUGGCCAUUUUCACAGUUUAUAACAGAGAUAGACGCAAAGGGAUGAAUGCGUCAAGAUCCGAAGACAGCAUUCUAGGAUCGGUGAAAAUUCGGCUAGCUGACCUCCUUUAUAAAAGGACAGGUAUAUCUGGCUGGUAUGGUCUCUCCCUCCCUCCGAGUGUGUCUUUACUUAACAACCUAACCUCAGCUGGAGGGCUGGACCUCUCUAUAAACUUCAGCCAUCGUACAGACCGGCAGCGUGUCCUCAGUUCAGCACGGAUCCUAGGGUGGGAAAUCGAGAGAGACAGCGAGGAAGACUGGGAGGAUGAAGAAAAAGGGUGCACUCCUUCAGAAAGUAUGUGCACAAUGACAUUUUCUGUCAUUGUGCCCAGAGCCUGGUUACCUGUCCAUUGCCUGCUGCUUCCGGGUCACACAGAGCUCCAGAGAUCUACCUAUUGUUACUAUAGAUACAAACUGUAUGAUCAAGAGGCCUUCUGCUCUGAGCUGAGACAUCCAGCACUGGAUGAUGGUGAAGAGGGUGAGGGCAUGGCUACAGUGGCAUUCAGUGUCACCCAGGCAAUAGAGCUGAGAGUGGGCCAGCCACUCCUCUGGUACCUGAGGGAGGAGAGGCUAGAAGUGCAGCUGUGGGUGUCCUUCAGUAAGGAGAAGCGGAUGCGGCCUCACAAGUUGGAUCGUCUGGUGGGGUCCGCCUUUGUGGAUCUUUCAGCCCUCACAACAACUUCAAAGCACAAGCAGACAAUAAGUGGUGUGUAUCCUCUAUUUAAGCCUUCUGCUGCUGAUCUGGGGGGAGCUGCUCUGAGAGCCAACAUCACUGUGACCGCAGGAUCCUUAUCACAUGCACCCAUGGCCCCACCACUCGUGGAGAAUGAGGUGCAGCCAAGCAGUUCAGGAGAAGAAGAUGAUAGAGGACCCUCAUCUAUACAUUCUCCUGCUCCAGUCAGUCAGUCCAGACAGUGUUGUGUAAAUAUUGAACAACACACUAAAUCAGUGCUCAACUCAACUGUGAUCACCAAUGAAAACAGUUUCACUGCAACUGUCAGUGUAGAGCGAGCUAUGCACCUUAGUUUGAAAGGUUGCCCUUUAGCUGAGCGGAGUAACACCCUCCCCAGCUGCUGGGUGUCAUAUGUAACAGCUGAUGAACCCGCUACAGUGAGCACAGCUCCAGUACAGGACAGUGAAUGCCCAGUGUGGGACCAUCAGCAGGAAUGCAGGCUUUCAAAGGAGCUACUUUUAGAUCCACAGCAGUCGCUGGUGUUCAAAGUCUGGCACAAAGGAGAAAUAGAGCGUGUGAUAGGCUUUGCUUCAGUGGACCUGUCCCCACUUCUGUCUGGCUUUCAGUCCGUGUGUGGCUGGUACAACAUUACAGACUUAAGCGGGCAGUGUCAGGGUCAGAUCAAAGUGUCUGUGUCUCCUCUAAAGGGUGUGCAGGAGCUCCGUGCCCAGAGACAGGCCAUGUGUGAGAACAUUGCCACAGAAUCCAGUCCUCUGUUUAGUGCCAUGCCACUGUGUUAUCAAACCACAGCUGUGUACAGCAGCUUCCCGAGCCACAUUACUCGCUUCUCUGAGCAGAGGAUCAGCACUCCUGAACAGGGGGACCGAAUGCUUUUUACAAGGUCUAGCCUGGUUGAUCAUCAUGAUGAGCACGUGGACAACAUUCGCCAGUUCCAUAAGACUCUGCGGGAGAAGGAAAGUGCCAUGCUGAGUAACUGUACUAAAGACAUGAAUCCCUCUAGCUCAGCACUCUUCUCAGCCCUCAGGAAAAACCUCAGUGAGCUGGAUGAUAUCCGAAAGUACUUCAGUCACAAGUUGUCAACACCUGUGUUCUCUGUACUGGGAGAGCAGAGUCAAAACUCUGUUGACAGGAAAAUGCAGGGGGAUUCAGAAAUAGAUACGCAACAGCUAUUGCUCAAGUCCAACCAACUGGUGGGAGAGGUCAAUGACAUCAUUAAAAAUCUAAGUGAGCACCAAACCAAAGAUUCAUCCUCAGACUCACAUAGGAGUCCUUCUUCUCCAGAUGAAUCUGAAAUGUGUGUUUUUUCAAGUGUGGAACAUUCAAACCUAAUAGAGUCAGAGAACUGUGAGACCGAGAACUUUAAUAAAAAGGCCCCAGAAGCAAAGCCAGAGGACCUCUCACCGCUCAUGUCUCUUACUUCAGAAGAACCUGGACCUAGGAAUGAGCAACUCCACCAGGACAUUAUCUCCACUGAGGAUGAGUAUAAAGAAGAGGAUGAGGUGGAUGAAGAUGAUAACGAGGAGUUUGAGGAGACGUUGAUAGAACCUCGGCCACUCAAUGAGGUCACUUCGGCCACGGACAGGACAAGCCCAUGGACUACCAUGCUGUCUGAUCCUGAACUUGGCUCUUUAGAGAGUCUUGAGGCAACAGAACAGCCUGUAGACCUCAUACACCAAAAGGGGAGAGAAACUACAAUGUCUCCACCAGGUACUACUUAUAAACCACAGAGUACACCUCCUGAUUCAGAUCUCUCUACUGGGUCUGAAUCAUGUGAGAAUGCAGGAGGAGAAGCAGAAGGAGGUGCAGGAAAUGUGCAUAAUGUUUGUGUGGAACAUAGAGAUGAAGAGGUGUUUUUUAAUGAGGAUUCCACACAAGACACCAGGCAGAUGACAGAACAUGAUCAUCAUGACAGAACGACAGAUACAGAAGAUUGUAACUCACCAUUAUCUUCUAGCUUUGGAUCUAGCACAAAGGCAAACAGUGAAAGUGAAAAGGAUGAAAGCAAGGUAAAACUCUGUGAUGCUGUAGAGAUUCCAAACUUCUUUCUUCCAUCUCACCACUUGGAGGCAUCUAUGAGAGUGCUGCGUUUAGCUCCUGUGUUUCCCUCAACCUCCCCUGAUCCUGCUUCUGGAAAAUCUGAGUUUACAUAUCAUAGAAUGACUCGGCCAAGACCCAGUGUUCCUCCAUCAUCGGCGAAGAGAGAAGAAACAAAAAGAAUUGCAAAAAUCUUUGCGUCACAUUUUUCACAGGGAAAUUAACAGUUUUGUAUAUAUUUGUUGACUUUUUAUUCUAUUACCUUUUAUGUGGUGCAGCCCUUCUGUAUAAUAACCGGAUGCCUUUAUUUAUAUGAUCUUAAUUAUGUAAAUGAGAUAUUGAAUAAUGUGAAGGAUAAAAUAUAUUUGGCUGUUAAUUUUUUUUAAGUAAAUUUUUUCUAAAUAAAGUUCAGAUUGAUUUUC